GACUCUAAUAUGGCGGCGCCCUUUGUCUGCUCUCGAGUGCCGUCCCUGGCCUUCUCGCGGCCGUGAUGCACCUCCCUCUGUGGUGGGGUCCGGGACAUGGCAGCCAUGGACUUCCCCCAACACAGCCAGCACGUCUUGGAACAGCUGAACCAGCAGCGGCAGCUGGGGCUUCUGUGUGACUGCACCUUCGUGGUGGACGGUGUUGACUUUAAAGCCCAUAAGGCAGUGCUGGCAGCCUGCAGCGAGUACUUCAAGAUGCUCUUUGUGGACCAGAAGGAUGUGGUACACCUGGACAUCAGCAAUGCGGCAGGCCUGGGGCAGGUGUUGGAGUUCAUGUACACAGCCAAGCUGAGCCUGAGCCCUGAGAACGUGGAUGAUGUGCUGGCCGUGGCCAGCUUCCUCCAGAUACAGGACAUCAUCACAGCCUGCCAUGCCCUCAAGUCACUCACGGAGCCGGCUGCUGGUCCCGGGGGAAAUGCAGAGGACUCAGCCAUGGAAGGUGCUGAUGAGGGCGAGCAGGCCCCUCCUGCCUUUCUCCAGGAGAGGACAGGCCCCGCCUUUGCACAGGGCGAGGUCUGCCUCUGA